AUGGCCAAACUAAAGCCAUCUCUAAAUUACUCCCCUAGAUCUAAGCGAUUUCUUCAAAAUGAUGAUAUGAACUCAAAAAUAUUAUCACUUAGGUCUUCAAACAAAGACAUAUUAAUGGAUCCGUUAAAGUAGAUAAAAACUGACAUACAUAAAUUAAAAGAUUAAAAGCUUCAAAUUAAAUACGAUAACUAGAAAUAACUGGAAAAUCUAAAGUAAAAAAAGACCAACUUGCUAGUUUCUUAGAAUGUAAAUUUGACUCAUGCCUAGAAAUAAAAAGAAAAAUUGAGAAACAAAUCCUUAGAAAGCGAAAUAAAUAAAAAUAGCAACAAACUUGAGAGUUCUCCUGAUUCAUUCAGAGACUAAAAUGGAGUGGCUGACUACACUUUGAUGAACAUUCACCAGAACUUACUUCAAAGUUUGAAUGAUUAGGACCAAGAUGGUUCAUAGGAUGCCUAAAAGCCAAUGAAAUUUAAGUUUCUGAAAAAAAAUUCUAAAAAAAUUCGAGAUAGGCUAACUAGAGACAAUAUAAGACUUAGGAAAAAACUAGAAGAGGAAAAUGAAUUGAUGAAGUAACUUAAUGAGCAACUAAACAAUAACUAAUAUGAUGAAAAGUUAAAUGAACUCUCUGAUAAAGUUCUAACAAGAUAUGUUUCAAUUUAGGACAACCCAUUGAUGAAUCAAAGUCUUAACAAUCUCGGAAAUCCUGCUGAUAUCACAAAACGCUUAUCAGAGUUAAACCCUGAGUAUAAUUCGAAUAGGGAUUUCGUUAUAGUGGAAAAUGACAUGGAAAGUAGCGAACAUAAAAACUAUUAGAGCCAUGGCAUACCUAGUAAUGGUUAAGUAAGCAACUAGAAUUAAGGAAAUAGUGUUUUAAAUGAAUCUAAUUCACCUUCAAGGAAAACUCCUUUAAGAUAAAGUGAGAAGAGAUUAAGAAUGUCAACUGGUAAAAGUAAAGAUGAUCUGAUUAAGCAAAUAUAUUUCUAUGAUGUGGAUUCCUUACCUAGUAUUGAUACAGAUAUUGCCUAAGUAACUAAAUUGAAAAAUUAGAAAUUCAAUGAAAUUAAGACCAAAUAAAAGAAAGAACAAAUGCUAUAAAAUGUAGGAAUCUUUUUUAAGCAGAGAAUCACAGAUGUCUGUAAAGGACAAUAAGCAGCACUCGAAAUGAUUAAAAAGGAAGAUGAUUAUCAGGUAAAUGAUGACUUAUAAGAAUUUGGAAGCAAACUAGACUAAAUAAAUCUAAAAUUAAUGAGGCAGGGAACGAGCGACUUCAGAAGAUAACAAUCAAAAGGUCAUAGUCCCAAAAAUUCUCCAAGAAGUAUAAACAAAAAGAAUACAUUAUCACCUCAUAAUAACAUUUAAAUUAUGGAAAAUAGUUAAGAAAGCAAUGAAUCAGCUAGCAAGUUGUAAGAAAACUAGAUUAAAAACAAAAGGAUGGCAAUAUCACCUUCAGAAAUGAAAAUAAAUGUUAAAGAUAUCAAUCAAGCUCUUGAAGGUCAGCUAGUAACUACAAGAGACUAAUAUGGCUAAUUAGAAAUUAAUUAUGGCAAUGCAGUGUAUCAUAAUGAAAGAGCUUAAAGCUAAUUAGCCUUUACCAACAGCAUGCAGUCUUAGAUGGACGAAAGUAAAAGUAAAGACAGUAUAUUUGAUUAGCAUCUUCUUACAUCAAGACUUCAAUCUUAGGAUCAAAUUCAAAGAGAUUUUAAAUUUAAGUCUUCAGCUUUGAGUACACUUUACGAAAAAAAUUACGAAAAAUUUUCACAAGAACUUAAUAGCUAGACUUACCUAGAAGCUCUAAGAGAAAUUUCAUAAAAUUAGUAUAACCAAUAAGACUAAAGAUUAAUUCUCGAUGCUUACUAGUAAAAUAGCAGUGAAAAAAAGAAAAAGAGACUAAAUUAGAGCAAGACUCUUAGCUCGAAUUUUAUAAUUGAUGAUUCUGAGUAACUUUAAAAAGAAUUCAUUAGCUAAAUAGAAAAAAGCAACUUUUCAAUGAUUAAGAAAAUUAAUAAAAUAACUACUCACAAGCGUAAUUCUUAAAGUAUUGUUACUACAAGUCAAGCGAAAAUAAAAAUAUAGGAAGCUUCAGUUCAAAAGAGUUAUACCCCAAGAAAUUAAUUUAGACAAAGCAGGAUAAGAUCUUCAAAUCCUGAGCCAGAAAGGGAAUUUAAGAGAAAAGGGUAUCAUAGACCUAAAGAUAAAUUAAAUGAGAGUAGCUCUUAAAGUAGACCAUUUACGGAUAGAUAAUUUAAGGAUAAAUUUAAUUAAGUUUGCUAAGUCCAGGAGCAGGACUUUAUCAAAUCAAAUAUAAGAGCCAAUAAGUUUAUACAAAGCAAAACCGAUGGAUUUGGAAUUGACAAGAGUACUAUUAUAUCAGACAAGGUUUUUAAAAAUUACGAUAAUGCAUUAAGUAGUAAUAAUAAGUAUUAUUACAGCCAUAGACAAUUGUCAGGCGAUUUCAAGAGUUAGCUAAUUUAUCAAUCAAACUUUAAGACAUUAAACAUUCCUUUAUUAAGUCUAAAGCAAAGGACUAACAAGUAACUCAUCAAAAGAGCUGAGAAAGAUAUUCAAUAAUGCCUUCCAAUGACUGGCUUGAUCAGCUAAAAUCAAUCUAAUUUUAAUUAAACCUUUCAGAAGGGGAAGGUAUUCAAGCAGUUUGGAGUCCUUAGUAUAUUAGAAAAAAGAAGACUAACUAUGAAUUAAGAAUAUGAAUUUCUUCCCACUAAGGAGGAUCAAAAGCUAAGGACAAUAAACUCUUAUAGAAAGCGAGAUCCCUAAAUGCCGAUAGGCUAUGUUUAAUCAUAUAAUUAGGAAAAGGAAUUUCCUAAUCAGUAAAUAUAGACGUUUAAUAAACAAAUACAAGAGAUUAUUAAAAAUAAAUCACAUUCACCUCAUAAAAGGGUACAGAAUGUAAUUAGUCAUAACAAAUCUAAAGAUUAAUUUAUUGACCCUUCAUUUAACGACUAAGUAUAGGGCCAGAAAUUUGUUGGAAAGGAAUCCAAAUAAAGCAGAUUUUAUCAUGCUAAAAGUUCCUAGAAUCUUAAAUAAAAUUUGCCUAAAAUAGCAUAAAAGAAAAUUCAAGAACCAUCCAUAGAAAAAGUGGAAUAUGAUUAGCUUUGA